ACGCCGGUCCAAUUGUCGUCUUCCUUUCUAACUAAACGAGCGAGAUCCUUUGAAUACCGGUCCCACGGUAUCUAUACUAAUCAUCUAGUUUAUUGUUCACUAAUAGUGUCAAAUCUGUGCCUGUAUCCUUGUGAUCCGUAUUGAAAUCAGCUGGAUACAUACUAAAAUAUAGUUUAUCUACAUUUGUGAAGUUAAAGGUCAACAGAUCAAUCGGGACAGGGGUGGCCUGGCCAACAGUGUUUAAACUGGAGAGCACUUGAAUUUUCUGAUUGCAUAAUGUGAGUUGGGAGAAUAGGGAGUGGGUUUGGGGCAGUGAGUGUAGUCACCAGUGUGGAGUGAGGAGAGAUGGCGUCCUGCUGGCUGGUUUGGCUCACGAUGCUUGGCUUCGUAGCACAGGGCUUGGCAAUAAUGUGCUACGAGUGCAACAGUGCAACCAACUCUUAUUGUGCUGAGAAAAUACUUCCGGAUAAUCUGAAGAGAAAUUGCUCUGAGCGAGAUAGGGGAGACAUAGUCCACACUCUGUGCCGCAAGAUCACGCAGCAUGUGGACGUGGAGGUGGAGGGGCAGCGGCCGGGGGCGCGCGUCGUGCGCACCUGCGGCUGGGACGACUCCAAGUAUAAGAGCUCGUGCUACCACCGCUCCGGCUUCGGCAGCCGGCACGAGGUGUGCGCGUGCGCGGCGGACCUAUGCAACUCCGCGCCCGCCGCCGCCGCCGGCGCCACCGUCGCGCUCGCCGCCGCCGCCAUCUUGAAGUUGGGAUGAUUUCCGUUUAGAUUCUGUGAUUGCUAUAUGUUUGAGUUUAAAUGUAAAGAACAUAAAAUUACAUU